AUGUCUGGAAACACCAAGGCCUUCUUUGAAGUUGAGUACGCCCCUGUGGGCACCAGCACCACCAAGACUGGUCGCAUCAACUUCAACCUCUACGAGAAGGAUGUCCCCAAGACCGCUCGAAACUUCCGUGAGCUUUGCAGUGCUGCGCAGGGUCAGGGUUACAAGGGCUCUACCUUCCACCGUGUCAUCCCCAAAUUCAUGCUCCAGGGUGGUGACUUCACCCGUCACAACGGCACUGGUGGUCGUUCCAUCUACGGUGAAAAGUUCGCCGAUGAGAACUUCAUUUACAAGCACAACAAGCCUGGUCUUCUUUCCAUGGCCAACGCCGGCCCCAACACCAACGGCUCCCAGUUCUUCAUCACCACUGUUGAAACCUCCUGGCUCGAUGGCAAGCACGUCGUCUUCGGCGAGGUUGCCGAUCAGGAAUCCAUGAACGUUGUCAAGGAGAUUGAAGCCCUUGGCAGCAGCUCUGGUGCUAUCCGCUCUAAUGUCAAGCCCACCAUCGUUAGCUGUGGUGAGCAGUAA